AUGGCAAUGUUCAAAAAGAAGAAGGACGAAGACAGGAAGCCUAUCGAGCAGGAGAUCGCUGAGCUCCAGCGGAAAUUCCGCGUCCUUGAGAACGACAAGAGAGCCUGCAGUGAAGACUCUCAAGGCACCAUUCGAAAACAGCGUGCCACCAUUGAGAAGCUUACGCGUGAAAAUCGCAAAAUGAAGGCAGAGCUCAACGAAACUCGGUCCAGCAGCGGCACUCAGGCAGAGGCCAAAAUGCAGCAGGAGACCAUCAACAGGCUGAUGGCCGACAAAGAGCAGCUCACUGCAAAGACAGACGGUGAGGAAGCUGAGGCAAAGAAGCUCCAGGACAAGCUCGACUCAACCCAGAGACGGAUAUUCGAGCUUCGAGAGGAGAUGGCCAAGAGCGGUGGUGUAAACGCAGCACUCGACAACUCAAAGGCCAUUGCAAAGCAAAUCCGAAUCCUGGAGAAUAGACUGGACAAGGGCUUGCAGAAGUUCAAUGAAGCCAUUGCCGCCAAUCGCACGUUGCGCGAGCAGAUUGACACGCUUCGAAGGGAACGUGUAGUCUUCGACGACAUCUACCGAAAGUUAGAGAAUGAGUUGCAACAGAAAAAGAAGGAAAUGGCAAACAUCAUUGAGCAGGCCAACGCCGCCUAUGAAGCUCGAGACUCUGCCCAGGCGCAGAUGGCAUCCCUGAAGCAACAGGCAGACAAGGAGCAUGCCGAGUUCGAGAAGGAGUGGCGAGAGCUAGGUCGCCUCAUCGAGAACGAUAAGAGAAUGAAAGAGUUUAUGCGCACGAAGGUGCGCGGGAAUCAAGAGGGCGAGAGCAAGGAUGAGGACAAGCACAAAAAGAAGAUCACAAAGCACACCUGGGACACUACAAAGUCCCUGGUCACGAUGACCUCCAAUCAGGACAAGGUUGCCAGUUACGAGGAAGCUUUCGCACGCAUCCAGGCGGCUACUGGAAUCUGUGACAUUGACCAGCUGGUGCAGAACUUCAUCGAUGCCGAGGACACGAACUUUUCCCUCUUCAAGUACAACAACGAGCUCAGCGCAGAGAUCGAAAAGCUCGAACAGCAGAUCGCCGAGUACAAGGAAGAGUACAUUACUCUCAGUGGCCAGAGCAGCCGCAAGGAAGACACUGAGAAGGCCAAGAUCCUUGAGAACUUGGAGGAGAAGUGGAACGACAUCGACCGCAAGGCCAUCACCUAUGAGGUGAAGCACCAGGAGUCGCAGCAGACCUUGUCUCACAUCAGGACCUGCAUCGAGUCCAUUUUCCGACGGCUCGGCUGCACCUCCGAGGAUCUGCCUUGUGGUUGCGGCAGUGGCAUCUCAGAAGCCAACAUGAUGGUGUAUCUAGCAAUCAUUGAGCAGCGAACCAAUGAGCUGCUGAAGAUGUACGACUCCCUCAAGCAGGAGGAUGACGAGUACGAGAGCACGAGGCCAGCAAGAACUGGGCAGACCUCCACGAGCUUACAGAUGAAGCUCCCGAGCACAGUAGAGGAUUACUCAGAUGAUGAAGAUGACGAAGACGAGGAUGACCAGAGGCCCUUCACACGGGACGAGCUGAAAACCAAAGCGAACAAGAACUACAACAAGAAGCAGAAGAAACCCAGGAAAACUGGAGCACCACCGGACAAGUAG